GUUAGGCUACCGCAACAUCAACAUCCUCACCGUGGACCAAAGUGGGAUUGACAGCAUUAGAGCAAGGAGCUUCAAAUUGGUCGAUGCUGGUCCUGAUGCAAGACGCAUCGGUGAAUACGGGAAGUCUUUAACCAAUGUUUGACCACGAAAAGGGGAACUCGCAUUCAAAUCGACGCUAUCAAACGAUAGCAGCCAGACCAUUCGUCAAUCUAUUGUUUUCAGGUAACGUUAGACUAGGAUUCAGCCUAGCGCCAAUCGUUUAAUUGACAGGGAUGUCGAUUGAGAUUGAAUUUCAGCGAAUGACAAAGGAAAGAAGUGCUUAAUUCCAUCUCAGUAAAAUUGCAGUAAACUUCGCGAUAGUUAGCCUAGAGAAAGUUAUUUGGGUUAUCUGGUUGGAAAUAACCUAGUGCUGUGGACAUGGCGGAUGCUGCUGAGUGCGGUGUAAAAGUGAUGUGCCGAUUCAGGCCUUUGAAUGAAUCGGAAACCAACAGAGGAGACAAAUACAUCCCGAAAUUCAAAGGCGAAGACACGGUGGUAAUAACGGGCAAGCCUUAUGUGUUUGACCGAGUCCUGCCACCCAACACAGCCCAGGAACAGGUCUAUGAUGCCUGUGCCAAGCAGAUCGUCAAAGAUGUGUUGGGUGGGUACAAUGGAACCAUCUUUGCCUAUGGCCAGACCUCAUCAGGCAAGACUCACACCAUGGAGGGCAAGCUCCAUGACUCCCAGCUGAUGGGUAUCAUCCCCCGUAUCGCCAGGGACAUCUUUGACCACAUCUACUCCAUGGACGAGAACCUGGAGUUCCACAUCAAGGUCUCCUAUUUUGAAAUCUACUUAGACAAGAUCCGAGACUUAUUGGAUGUGUCAAAGAUCAACCUAGCAGUGCAUGAGGACAAAAACAAGGUGCCCUAUGUUAAGGGCUGUACGGAGCGCUUUGUGUCCAGUCCAGAAGAGGUUAUGGAUGUCAUCGAUGAAGGAAAAUCCAAUCGUCACGUGGCUGUUACAAACAUGAAUGAGCACAGUUCUCGCAGUCACAGCAUCUUCCUGAUCAACAUCAAGCAGGAGAAUGUAGAGACAGAACUGAAGCUGUCAGGAAAACUCUACUUGGUGGAUCUGGCUGGCAGUGAGAAGGUCAGUAAAACCGGGGCAGAGGGAUCUGUGUUGGACGAGGCCAAGAAUAUCAAUAAGUCCCUCUCCGCCCUGGGGAACGUCAUAUCAGCUCUGGCCGAGGGAACUAAAACCCACGUGCCCUACAGAGACAGUAAGAUGACCCGUAUCCUGCAGGACUCUCUGGGGGGAAACUGUAGGACCACCAUCAUCAUCUGUGCCUCCCCCUCUGUCUACAAUGAGGCUGAGACCAAGUCCACCCUCAUGUUUGGACAGAGAGCUAAGACCAUUAAGAACACAGUGUCAGUGAACCAAGAGCUGACAGCUGAGGAGUGGAAGAAGAAGUAUGAGAAGGAGAAAGAGAAGACUAAAGGCUUGAAAUACGUGAUCCAGAAGCUUGAGACCGAGCUCAAACGCUGGAGGAAAGGUGAGGCUGUUCCAGUGGAGGAACAGCUGAGCAGUAAGGAGAAGAAGAGCAACAGUGGUGACGCCAUGGCCACGCCCAUGAUUGACACCAUCGCCCCACCCCCUAUCCCGCUAUUGGACGAGGAUAAGACCCGAUACGAGGGGCUCAUCACCGACUUGUACCAGCAGCUGGAUGACAAGGAUGAUGAGAUCAACCAACACAGUCAGCUGGUAGAGAAGUUCAAAGAGCAGAUGAUCGAUCAAGAUGAGCUGCUGGUUUCGGCCCACAAGGACUAUGAGAAGCUGCAGGAGGACCUGUCCAGACUGCAGAGGGAGAACGAGGCGGCCAAAGAGGAGGUGAAGGAGGUGCUGCAGGCCCUGGAGGAGCUGGCUGUUAACUACGACCACAAGAGCCAGGAAGUGGAGAACAAGAACCGCUCCAACAACCAGCUCAGUGAGGAACUCAACCAGAAGAGCACCACUCUGGAGGGGGUGCAGAGGGAGCUGUCCAGUCUACAGGAGCUCAGCAGUCACCAUAAGAAGAGAGCAGCAGAGAUCCUCAGUCUCCUGCUCCGAGACCUCAGUGAGAUAGGAGGCAUCAUCGGCACCAGUGAUCUCAAGGCUAUGAUGGAGGUGAAUGAGGUCAUCGAGGAGGAGUUCACCAUGGCCCGUCUUUACAUUAGCAAGAUGAAGUCGGAGGUCAAGUCUCUGGUGAACCGCAGCAAACAGCUGGAGAGCUCCCUUGUCGACACCUCCCGCAAGAUGCAGGCCAAUGAGAAGGAGCUGGCCUCCUGUCAGUUACUCAUCUCCCAGCACCAGGCUAAGAUCAAGUCUCUGACAGACUACAUGCAGAACAUGGAGCUGAAGAAGAGGCAGCUGGAGGAGAGCCAGGACUCCCUGAUGGAAGAGCUUCACGCACUACAUGCACAGGAGAAAAUGAAAGAGGUGCAUGUGCUGGAUAAGCAGAAGGAGCACCUGACCAAACUGCAGGAUGCAGUGGAGAUGAAGAAAACCCUAGAGGAGCAGAUGGAGAACCACAGAGAGGUGCAUCAGAAGCAGCUGUCUCGCCUGCGGGAUGAGAUCGACCACAAGCAGAGGGUCCUGGACGAGCUCAAGGAUCUGAACCAGGGGCUGCAGUUGGAACAGAGCAAGCUGCAGUCAGACAAUGAUAAACUGAAGGCCGAGGAGCUGGAGAAGGACGAGCAACUGCAGAAGCUUGUCUUCCUGAAUGACAAGAGAGAGCAGGCCAAGGAGGACCUGAAGGGGCUGGAAGAAACUGUGGCCAAGGAGCUUCAGACCCUGCACAACCUGCGCAGGCUUUUCAUCCAAGAGCUCACCUCCCGCGUCAGCAUGAGUGCAGAGAUGGAUAAUGAUGAGGCUGGGGGCAGUCUGGCUCAGAGACAGAGGAUCACCUUCCUGGAGAACAACCUGGAGCAGCUCACCAAGGUCCACAAACAGUUGGUGCGUGAUAACGCCGACCUGCGCUGUGAGCUUCCCAAGCUGGAGAAACGUCUGCGGGCUACGGCUGAGAGAGUCAAGGCCUUGGAAGCAGCCCUGAGGGAGGCCAAAGAGAGUGCCAUGAGGGACCGCAAACGCUACCUGCAGGAGGUGGACCGCAUCAAAGAGGCCAUGCUCUCCAAGAAUGCCUCCAGGAGGGGGCACUCUGCACAAAUAGCUAAGCCCAUCCGUGCUGGACAUCAGCAGCAGUCCACAUCCUCUCCCUCAGCGGGUCAUUCCAUCCGUGGAGGCUCUAUCCGCGGGGGUGGAGGGGUGUCCAGCCCUCACCACCACCGCCACCCGGCCUCUCCAUCACCCCACCGCCAGCAGCAGCAGCAGCAGCAGCGCAGCAAAUAAAGCACAGCUGCAGGUGGAAGCUGGAUUUUCCAGCUGGAUGUACAGACCAUAUCUCCUCUCCAUUUGGGACCGGACCCCACUCCAGGACUGUCUGGGAUAUUCUCUUUCCCCAUGGACCUUGCUAUCUCUCUCUCUAACCACUGGGACCAAUCAUCCUCUCCUUCUCUCACCACUCUGCCUUUACUGGGACUCCAGACUCCUCAUUCCUGAAAAAAACACACUCUGUAAGCCAGAUAUCUUUAUUAAUAGGUCUCCUAUCCUCAUGGUCAAGAGGAAAGAGAGGCUCCGUAUUGCUGAACAAGUGCUUUUCAUCUUUCGCCUUCUUGAAUCUCUCUCACUCUGCCUCUGUUUCUGGUGCUCUAUCGAUAUUCCUCUUGCUCUCUCUCUCUCUCUCUCUCUCUCUCUCUCUCUCUCUCUCUCUCUCUCUCUCUCUCUCUCU